CAUGUUAUCAUCGCCCACUGUAAGAAUAGCAUAGUAUCCCCUCCUUUAUCGUCGGCGUCAGUGGGUAUAUAACCUCCACCAGCGCUGAAGGCUGGUCACUGCUGCCUCCACCGCCUUCAGCAUGGCUCGCUUGUGUUAUAUUGUGGCGAUGAUUAUGUUACCGUUGGCGUCUGCGUCAGGUUGCAACGAUCCCUUCAUCCCUAUCAAAGGCAACUGCUUCUACGUCCACGACACGCCCAUGAACUGGCAUGAUGCCAGGGACUACUGCUUGAGCCUGAGCACUGACGAAUACUAUUCAGAUCUGGCACAAGUGCACUCCUGUAGCCAGCUGGGCGCUCUUUGGCAACACAUUACCCUAGAGUAUGGGAUUAGAUGGCACUGGAUUGGUGGUAAUGACAUUGCAACAGAACGCAGUUGGCACUGGGUCACUGGUGACACUGUGCCAAGAGGCAAUCCCUACUGGUUCCCAGGACACCCCUAUGUUAACCACACAAUGAAUUGCUUGGCCCUGACAAAGAACAGUGGAUUCUUUACUGACUGGUUUUGUGAACAGACUGGGCCUUUCGUAUGUGAACAGACCACACUGUUCUAAACCGCCCUAAACCUCAGCCGAAAAGAAGAAUCAUUUGCCCAUGAAUUGAUAUAAUUUACUCUCAGUUUGAUUAAGGACGAAACCGUGUAAAGGUUUGAUAGUAUUCGAUCUGUUUAAACAAUUGAUUAUCCUGUUGCCACCUCACCAACAAGAGUUGCCAAUCAUGUGGACUUAUGAUAUCUCUUAAUGCAUCGACUGGUGCAAUUGUUUUGUUAAAUAUUACUGGUCGUUUCAGGUAUCAAUGAUGGUUUAGUUAGAUACAACUUAACCAUGCAGGAUUUUUACAGAAAUGAUUAACUCUUGAUUAUCAAAGUAAUAAUACCCUUCAUUAUCGUUAAUCACUUUUUACUCACCAUACUGAAUGUUAAAAAUAAUCCGAUUAUGAAACUCAGUAAAACAAAUAAAACUAAUAAAAUCCCAGAUGAAAUGAGCUUUUGGUGACAAUAAACUAACUUUUCAA